AUGCCCAACUUCUCCGGGAACUGGAAGAUGAAGAGCUCGGAAAACUUCGAGGAGCUGCUGAAGGCGCUGGGCGUCAACAUGAUGUUGAGGAAGAUCGCGGUGGCGGCGGCCUCGAAGCCGGCGGUGGAGAUCAAGCAGGACGGGGAAACCUUCUACAUCAAGACCUCGACCACCGUCCGCACCACCGAGAUCAGCUUCAGGAUCGGGGAGGAGUUCGAGGAGCAGACGGUGGAUGGGCGGCCCUGCAAGAGCUUGGCCAAGUGGGAGAGCGAGAACAAGAUGGUGUGUGAGCAGCGGCUGCUGAAGGGCGAAGGGCCCAAGACGGGCUGGUCCAGGGAGAUGACCAACGACGGGGAGCUCAUCCUGACGAUGACAGCCGACGACGUCGUCUGCACCAGGGUCUACGUCCGGGAGUGA